UUCACGCUUGUGCGGGCAUUGCCACCUUCGCGCACUAGUAUCGAAAAACACUAUUAUUAGAUUUAUAAAUCUCACAAUUACUUGAAUUUGAAAUCCUCAAACAGAUUUCCCGCCCAUUCGGAUCGAUUAUCGACAACGUUACGCUUCUCGAAUACGCCGGGCAUUGCAGUCAAUUGUCAAUCUUGCGUUCGUCUCAGUCUCUGAAUUUCGUUCUGUCGCAUACAAAAAGCUACAUUCACCGGAAAAUAUAAUUGCGAUAAAUAAAAAUCGACAUACGUAAAUAUUUUGCAAAUAAGAUAUUUAGAGUUGUCAACAAAGUACGAGCACAAUGGCAACACACGCGAUCAUGAAGAGCUUUCGUUCAUCACUGAUUCCAGCACAGUCGAAAUUUCAUAGAUCGUUUUUUUAUUGGAUUACAAUCAUGUUCAACAGGGUGGAUGAAAAUCGAGUUAAGGAAGUUGGUCCAGACCGAGCCUGUGCGGAAUGGCUAUUAAGAAAUGGAGCUGCAGUCAAAUGGAGAGAGGAUGGAAGUAUUCUUUCAGACUACAAUGCUCUUUCUUCGUUGGAAGAACCUCAGAAACAUAUCGAAGCAGUUGAUGCUACCAAUUCUGCUAUUAGCUAUCAUGGAUUUCCACAUUUCAACGGAUGCAAUUACAUAAAUGAAGUCAAGCUAGUCAACUGUGUUUACGUCGAGGAUCCAGCAAUUCCCCUACUUUCUAUACUCAAAAAUACCUUGAAGCAUCUUGAGAUAAGUAACUGCCUUAAUAUUUCCGAGAAGGCUCUAUUCGAUCUGAAUAAACUCACAAAGUUGAAGAAACUGGAGCUUGGAAAUUUGCCGCAAGUGAAGAAUAAAAGUGAAGUUAUAGAAAAGCUUACCAAGUCUUUGCCAGAUUGUAACAUUGUCUUUACAUGAGAUUUGUCUGUGUAACAAAAUUUACUUUACAAAUGUUUAUAUGUAACUGUAGAAUACGUAGAUAUAAAGAAAUCAUCGUAAUAACUACUAUCCCCCAAAACAACUCAGGUGCUAAAACCUUGCGCUAAGUAUGUAGAUACAAACAUUGGAGUGAAAACACCGACAACAAUUUACUUUGCGAUUCGAGAACCACCAAAAUAAUAAAUCACAAAGAUUUAUUUCGAAAAAUGAUGAAAUAAAUUCUGACAAAGAUACCUUUACGUACAGAAAAUAUUGAAAUCAAUCCUUACUGUUAAGUACGCAACUUUUUAAAAAUAAAAAAUUACGAAAAAUAAUGGAUUAUGGAUGAAAUAAAAAAUUUUGGAGCUUUU